CCUUCACCUAACUCUUACUACUAUAAUUGUUACCUUUCUACUUUCAUAUCUUUUGUUUUUUGUUUUCCACCUUCAUGGCUAACUUUUGCUUCAUCCUCGGCAUAAUUGGGAAUGUCAUCUCCAUACUUAUGUUCGCUGCUCCAAUAAAAACAUUCAAAAGGAUAAUGAAGAAGAAAUCAACAGAGGAUUUUAAAGGGAUACCAUAUAUCACAACACUAUUGAGCACAUGUCUGUGGACAUUUUAUGGGUUACUCAAACCUGGAGGUUUGCUAGUGGUCACAGUCAAUGGUACUGGUGCCAUAUUCCACAUCAUAUAUGUCACUCUCUUUCUCAUUUAUGCUCCCAAACCUCUUAAGAUUCAAUCAAUGAAAUUGGUGGCAAUAAUAAAUAUAGCAUUUCUUGGGGCUGUAAUUGCAAUCACUUUACUAGCUGUGCACGGAACCACUCGACUCACAUUAGUCGGAUUUUUAUGCGCUGCUUUGAAUAUUGGCAUGUAUGCAGCUCCUCUAGCAGCUACGAGGACAGUGAUAAAAAUGAAGAGUGUGGAGUACAUGCCAUUUUUCCUUUCCUUCUUCCAGUUCCUUAAUGGAGGGGUAUGGACUGCUUAUGCAGUUCUUGUCAAAGAUUAUUUUAUAGGAGUGCCAAAUGGGAUAGGCUUCAUAUUGGGCGCGGCCCAAUUAAUCCUGUACUUUAUGUUCUACAAGUCAAGCCCAACAAAAUCGACAGAAGAAAAAGGCUCGGCCCAUCUAAUGAAAAGAGAAAUUCAAAUGAAAGAUGUCAAUGGAGCCCAUGAAAAUGAGAACAAUAGAAAUCUUCACAAAGGGAAAAGUCUUCCCAAGCCAUCAUUAGUUCGUCAAUAUAGUGAAAGACUAGUAAAGACUCUCUCAAAUACCCCAUCUUCUUUGGGCUCACACAAUGUAAAUGAUAUUGAAAAAGGCCUUAAAGAAGCCCAUUAAAUUUCUAAUUGUAUUAACGAAAUAGGCCCAACU